AGCCGGGCAGGCCUGAUGCGCAGGCGCAGUCCACCCGGGCCUGGAGCGCUGGCCACUCCGCAGCGGCAGAAGUCUCGACCUUCGCUCCUCUAAGGAAGGAGGCCCCAGGGUCUGUGUUGGCCCAGGAGGACCCGAGACUGAGUAGAAGCGGAGCCGACUCCACCAGGCUGGGAGGGGGCCGGCCAGCGCGUUCGGAGGCGAUCCCGGGAGGCGAAAGUAACGACCCAGAGAAGAGAUGUGAGAUUGACAGCAGCCCAGGGAUCGAGGAUGGAAGGACUCUUGGGCGUCGCCCUCCAGGGCGCAGAGUUGGAAGGAAACUGGAAACGCGAGGGCCGGCUUGAGGACCUGCAGGAAAACCGGGAAAGCUGUCCAGCGCCAGAGGCCGUGGCCUGCAAGGGAGACCCUGCCGGGGACGACAUCCGGGAACGCGAUGAAUUCAGCCGAAUCCCAAGAACCAUAUCGAACCCUGCUGCUACCCAAGCCAGUGUCCCCGAUGACAGCAGGCCCCAGAGGUGCAGUGCGCCCGGGAAGAGCCCGAAGCAGAGGCAUCCUGACAGCCGCCAGCGGGAGAGAGGUGGCGGCCCCAAGAAGCCGUGGAAAUGCGGGGACUGCGGGAAGGCCUUCAGCUACUGUUCGGCGUUCAUCCUGCACCAGCGAAUCCACACCGGGGAGAAGCCGUUCGCGUGCCCCGAGUGCGGCAAGGCCUUCAGCCAGAGCGUGCACCUGACCCUGCACCAGCGCACGCACACGGGCGAGAAGCCCUACGCGUGCCACGAGUGUGGCAAGGCCUUCAGCCAGGGCUCGUACCUGGCGUCCCACUGGCGCACGCACACGGGCGAGAAGCCGCACCGCUGCGCCGACUGCGGCAAGGCCUUCACGCGCGUCACGCACCUGACCCAGCACCGGCGCGUGCACACGGGCGAGCGGCCCUACGCUUGCGCCCAGUGCGCCAAGGCGUUCCGCAACCGCUCCUCCCUGAUCGAGCACCAGCGCAUCCACACCGGCGAGAAGCCCUACGAGUGCGCCGCGUGCGCCAAGACCUUCCGCUUCUCCUCGGCGCUCAUCCGCCACCAGCGCAUCCACACGGAAGAGAAGCCCUACAGCUGCGGCCAGUGCGCCAAGGCCUUCACGCAGAUCGCGCACCUGACCCAGCACCGGCGCGUGCACACGGGCGAGAAGCCCUACACGUGCCAGGACUGCGGCGCGCUCUUCAGCCAGAGCGCCUCUCUGGCCGAGCACCGGCGCAUCCACACGGGCGAGAAGCCCUACGCGUGCGGCCAGUGCGCCAAGGCCUUCACCCAGGUGUCGCACCUGACGCAGCACCAGCGCACGCACACCGGAGAGCGGCCCUACCCCUGCCACGACUGCGGCAAGAGCUUCAGCAACCGCUCCCACCUCCUCCAGCACCGCCUCGUGCACACCGGUGAGCGGCCCUACAGGUGCCUGCAGUGCGGGGCCGCCUUCAGCCACGUGUCCUCGCUCAUCGAGCACCAGAAGAUCCACACCGGGGAGCGGCCCUACAAGUGCAGCGAGUGCGGCAAGGCCUUCAGCCAGGGCUCCUCGCUCACCCUGCACCAGCGCACGCACACGGGCGAGCGGCCCUACGCCUGCCCCGAGUGCGGCAAGGCCUUCAGCAACCGCUCCUACCUGAUCCAGCACCACAUCGUGCACACCGGGGAGAAGCCCUACGAGUGCAGCGGCUGCGGGAAGGCCUUCAGCUUCUCCUCCGCUCUCAUCCGACACCAGAGGACGCAUGCAGACAGUGCGGGACGCCUUUGCCCAGCUCCUACGCCUGACUCAACACCUGGGCUCUCACAGGGAGAAGCCUGUUAACAGGGGUGCCCUAGCAGAAAUCCGCGUGGACCAGAAGCGGAUUAAGAGCUGAGGUUAACUGGGGCCGUGUACACCAGGCGCUGCACUACUGCAUGCCUCCUUUCCUACCUCACAAUGCUGUGGGGGAGAUACUGUGUUAUCCCCAAUGCUUCCUGUGAGGAAACCGAGGCUCAGAGAAGCUUGUUCACUUGCCUGAGGGCACACAGUGGGGAAGACACAGGGCUGGGACUGUACCUCAGUCCCAGAUACCUCAGUCUGUAUCUGCCAGACUCCCCUGGGGUCUCCCUGGUGCAAAAUUAUAAAUGGGGCACAGGCAAGUAGACCUGCAGAAACACC